AUGCAUCAAUUAGCGAACGAAGAAAAAGCUGCUCUACUGCUAUCAGCAGUUGAUUCUGAUGGUGAUGGUGAUGAAGAUGAAAAUCAUCUGAGAACAAAUACGUCAUUGAAUGUUCCAGAUGACAAGUUUCCUGUGGUUGCUAAGCGUCCAAAAACCUAUCAGCGUCAUCCUAUUUCUAAUGCUCAUCCUCUAUUAUGUUUUACUUUAGUUUUGGGUGCUUUCAUCUUAGGAUGUCUAAGUGGUGUUAUUAUUAUGCUCUAUCGAAUACCGCCAGAUUCUGGUCAAAGAUCUUCGCCAUUAAAUUUACUUCAGGCAGCAACAAAUGUUGAUUUAACAAUACGAACAAAAUUACUUCAGUCAAUAGAAAAAGCAAAUUUUACCAAUCUUACUCGUUCUAUUGAAUCUGAAAAUGAUGCUGCUAAUAAAUUACAUGAAAAAUGGAAAUCAUAUUCGUCAGUAUUAACUCGUGUAAAUAAAUUAACGUACGAUAUAAAUCUAUCACAAUAUGCUUUAUCAACUCAAUGGAGCGGAGCUAAAUUACUUGAUAGUAAAGAUGGAAAAGAACUUUUAAAAGUUAAUCUUUUAUCAACCGAAAAUAUUCUUUCAUUUUCUUCAUUUAUCGAAUCUGGUGAAAUUGAUGGAAAUUCAAUUUAUUAUGUUAAUUAUGGUCGACAAGAAGAUUUCGCUUAUUUAUUUAAAAAUCGUAUAAAUUUUCAAGAUCGUCAAAAGUCGAUUGUAUUCAUGAGACGUCAACGAACAAUUAUUUCUCAAACCGAACAAAUUCAUCAAGCAAUUUAUUAUGGUUUUGCUGCGUUAGUUUUAUUUGAUGAUAAUGAAAAUUCGCAAACUAAAACAACCAACGAUCGCUUUCCAUUCUAUCAAGAUUGGGUUAGAUAUACUUCUUUUCAAGAACGUCAAAAUUUUCUUGAUGGUACUAUAAAUAAUGAAAAUCAUUCAAUAUCUGUUUUAAUACUUUCAUAUGACGAUGUUGAACGAAUAUUUCGAUUAGUUCAGACAGAUUCAAAUAAAUGGUUAACGUGUCCCACUGAAUGGACCCAUACAGUUACAGCAUUAAAAAUAGGUGGAACACUUUCAACUACGAGAAUUCGCUUAGUGGUCAAUGUAGAAGCAAUCAAAAUUGAAUUACCUGUUGUUAUGAGUUCAAUUCGAGGCAUAAGUGAUCCUGAUCAUUUUAUUAUGGUUGGUUAUCAAUUAGGUGCCAUGCAACAAAGUAGAAUUAUCAAUGAAAUCAUAGAAGCCUACACAAAUCAAAUAAAGAAUGGUUGGAAGCCAAAAAGAUCAAUUCUAUUCUGUGCUUGGUCUGGCUUAGACUACGAUCAUUAUACAAUUCGUCGCUGGCUUUCGGAUAAUUCUCGCUUUGUCGAUAAAAAUUUAAUAGCAUAUCUUGAUAUUGGAAAUGGCAUCCUUGGAAAUUCUACCCUUAAUUUACAUGGUUCACCAUUAUUUGAACAAGUUGCUUAUCAAACUGCUGAUUUAGUUCCAAGUCCACUUGAACAUAAUCAUACAUGUUAUCAUCGACUAGUACCAACAACAACAGUUUCAUCAAACGAAGAGCAUCAUCAUAGUCAUGAACGAAAACGACGCGACGGUGAUGAACAUCAACAUCAUGAAGAAGAAAAUGAAAAACAAGCAGUCGAAUGUGAAUCACAUAAAUUAUUAGAUGAAUGGAAUAGAGCGAGUAAUAAUCAAAUUGGAUUAAAUAAAGCUUUAGGUAUUGUUCAAACUAUUGAUAUUGAUUCAUCAGCUGCUUUAUUUCAAUUACAAUAUGGAAUUCCGUCAAUAUUGAUUGAAAUGACUGAACAGCAAGCAGUAACCAAUGAUACGUUUUAUGCGGCUCUUGUGCCACCUAGUUUUGAACGAAAACUUCAACCAGAAGUUUAUGUUGCAUAUACACAAUUUGUUAGUGAAAUCAUUCGGCGACUAGUCGAUGAGCCUCUUAUUUCAUUUAACUUAACAAACUACGCUAAACAAAUUGAUAAACAAGUCGAUGAAUAUGUUUCACAUUAUAAGAGAGAAUAUGGUUCAGUAGGUUCUCAUAUUGGUCGUAUUAAUGAAUUCAUAGAAACAUUCAAUGAUCUGACAAAAUCCAUUCAGGCGCUACAAUUACAUAUUAAUCAAAUCUCUCAAAGCGACUAUUUUCAACUUCAAUCAAUAAAUAAACAAUUAAUUGAAUUUGAACGUUUAUUUAUCAGUAAUGACCAACUACCUGGAAUGAAUAGCAUCGAUAAAAAAUACAAACAUACAUUAAUUGGUCCUGCUUAUGGUCUUACCAAUACUGCUGUACCAUUUCCAUUGUUAUCAAAUAUACUCUAUGGUAUUCCAGAAGAUCCACCAACAGAAUUAUGUGAUUCGUCAAAAUUGUUUUGGUCAAAAUUAAAAAAACAUAUUCAUUUUGUAAACCGAACAUUAAAUGGAUUCGAUGGACUCGUUGAUAAAAGCAAAUAA